AUGUCUCUAUACGGACACGAGCAGGAUGAGAAGCGGCGCAAUCAGAUGCUCGAGCAGACACCAGGCGUUCAGAUCUACCUGCAGCCCAUCGCUCCUCCAGCUGCUCUCGGACUGGCCGGGUUUGCCGGCAGCACUUGGAUCACAUCCAGCUAUAUUGCCAACUGGUGGGGAUCACCCGACUCACCCACCAUAUUCUUCCCAUUUGUGGGAAUCUUUGGCGGCCUGGCGCAAUUCAUCGCCGGCCUGCAGGGAUUCAAAGCUCGUGAUACUCUGGUGACUGUCAUCAAUACCAUGUGGGGGAGCUUCUGGAUUGCCAUUGGCAUACUGUACGCUUUUGUGGCUGCAGGUGCUCUGCCACCUCACUCAGUUCACACGCACUUUCCCGAACUCGCCAGCUGGUUCGUGGUCCUAUGUGUCUUUACGUGGUCCAGUGCCCUGGCGGCGACGGCGCGUGACGUGGUGCUGAGCGUGUGCCUCUUCUCGCUGGCCGUCGGCAGCACCAUCGCGUGCUGCCUCUUUGCCUACAAUGGCGGCACGUCCCCCGACUCGGGCUCGGGCGACGGCCUCAGCGGCGGCGUCACCCGCGGCAUCAAGGCCGCCAGCUACUUUUGGAUGCUCAGCGCCCUCUGCGCCUGGUGGCGCGUCACUGUUUAUCUGAUUGAGGAGGCCUAUGGUCCUGGACAUGCCAUUACCCGCUUCUUUGUCAUUGGCCGUACUCCGAUGGAGCGCCGGGCCCCGUUGAUCAUCCCCGGCCUGGGAGAACCUGGUGUCAAGCGUGGUGUGCCCAAGCCUACUCCUGUGUAG